CCGUAGUUACAAGUCUGGCGACAUCUGCUGUGUCAAUUCUCUGUCUCGUUUGUAUGAAACAAAUAGAUAUUUCGCCUGCAAACAUCUUGUUCAUUGCUGUAGAGUAAGGUAUCUAGUCAGCAGUCUUACUCGCUAGACCUGCUAGGUAGUUACCACUAGAAUUGUAGUCGGACCAUGGCAGCUGCUGAAGUGCACCGAAUCAUAGUUUACGGAGGAAAAGGAGCACUGGGUUCCAAAUGCGUGGAGUAUUUCAGGUCUAAAAACUGGUGGGUAGCGUGCGUUGACAUCGCUGCCAAUGACCAAGCCGACGCCAACGUGGUGGUAAACAUGACCGAAUGCUUCACGGAACAAGCAAAUCAGGUGACCAAUGACGUGUGUCAGUUGUUGGGUGAGCAGAGGGUGGACGCCAUCCUGUGCGUAGCUGGAGGUUGGGCCGGUGGAAGUGCAAAGGCCAAAGUACUGUACAAGAAUGCUGAUCUGAUGUGGAAGCAGAGUGUAUGGACAUCCACCAUCUCUAGUCAUCUGGCAACUAAGCAUCUGAAAGAGGGGGGAUUGCUCACACUGGCAGGGGCAAAGCCUGCCCUAGCUGGAACCCCAGGUAUGCUGGGCUAUGGCAUGGCAAAGGCUGCUGUACAUCAGCUGUGCCAGAGUCUGGCAGGGUCAAACAGCGGCCUUCCUCCCGGUGCUGCCGCUGUCGCUAUCCUGCCAGUUACGUUGGAUACUCCAAUGAACAGGAAAUUCAUGCCUGAUGCAGACGUCAGCACCUGGACACCACUGGAAUAUAUAGCAGAGUUAUUCUAUAAGUGGACCACAGGAGAAGGCAGACCAGCCUCAGGCAGCCUGGUACAACUCAUCACAGAAGCUGGCAAGACAGAGGCCACACCUGUGUGAUGUGUGAUUGUGUGUUUCGGACGGUCUGCCUUUCUUUGUGUGUGUGUGUGUGUGUGUGUGUGUGUGUGUGUGUGUGUGUCUGCCUGCAGAUAUGGAUAUUCAAAUGUCUGUAUUUGUAUCAUGAUACAAGUUCUCUUCACCUCUGUUUACAAGAUCUGAUUACACAACCUGAACUGACUUAAAUACUUUACACUGUGUUGUACCACAAGGUAUAUCUUCACCUGUGUGACACCAGACCCAUCACGCUGUGUAUGCCUCCUCUUUUCAUGAAUUGCUCUGUUUGUGUAUGUUUUUUAUGUAACUGCUGUUGACAACUACAGUAUAUGCGGUUUAAAAAAUGGUCCGCUGUUUUAAUCUGUUGGUGUCUACUGCUGCUGACCUGACGUAGUUUUGUGAAAUGCAUUCCUGGUCUUUGUCAAGCAGAAUAAAAUGGCUAUGACUUAGCAAA